AUGGACUUCCUCCGGAUCCACCUCCCUGGGCUGCAUCGGGCCUUGAGGGGGGCACUGGAUUCCUUCAGCACCUUUGUCUCCUACCUCGUAGGAGAUGACGUCCCCACUGUAGAAAGGGAGGCACGGGCAGCCGAGGAACUGGGGGAGGUAGCUUCAGGAAGGCCAGAGAAGGUUGCAGAGGAGGAAGCCCAGGAAGCCCUGGAGGGCCUUAGAGACAGCCACAGUGAGGGGGGUGAUGGGUCAAGAGGGCCUGGAGAGGCCAGAAGACGUCAGAAGGGGAGCUCAGCUUCAGAACAGACCUGGGGUUGGGGAGAAGGCAGCUCUCACGGGUCGCAAGAAGACAGGCAGAACACUGGGGCCUGGGAGGCAGCCAAGGCUGCUACGUGUCUGGAGCCAAGUGCCCCCUUGCAGGCUGAAGCAGGGUCUGAGGAUCACCGAGAGGGGAGAAACCAAGCCCAGGAGAGUCAGGAGCUCAAUGUGCAGGAAGUGAACAGAGGGGAGACGCUGAGAACCUGGGAACAGGAGGAGGAGGAGGAGGAGGAAGAGGUUAGGGCAAGAGAGCCAGGGAUGGCCAGAGGGGUGGAGUCAGAGUGGCCCUGGCACGGGGAGCCAGAGGGGAAGGCUGGUGCUGACGGGCUAAAGGUGGCAGGGGACAACAGGGAGACAGAGCCGGUAGUCAAGGAGGCAGUUGUAGAGGAAGCUGAAGGGGCUGGGAGGGAAGAUGAGGUGUUAGUAGUGGUAAGGGGCAGCCAGAGCACAAGGGCACAGGGGACACAGAGCCCAGAGGCAGAGUCUGAGGACCGGGCAACUUUGGGCAGGGAGGAGGCCGGGACAACCUCAUUCAGAGAGGGCACUGAUCUCCCAGAAGUCAGAGAGACAGAAUAUGGGCCAGUCUCCGAAGAAAGGAUCCCAGAGGCUCCUGGGAGAGCCUGGGUCCCAGAGGAGGCCCACGAGGGAGACCAGGAGGAAGAGGUGGAUGAGAAGAGAGAGGCUGAGGUAAGCCUUUUACCCAAACAGAUCCAGGCCCUGGGAACUGAGGGGUUGGAAGAAGCAGCUGAGGGCCAGACAGCAGCGGGGGAGGCUGCAGGAGACAAAGAGGCAGGAGAGGGCUUUGAGGGGCAGGCAGACCAGUGUGGGCGAGAGGCCGAGGAAAGGCAGGACUCAGAGAUCAGGGCUGAUUGGGCCAGUCUGGAGGAGCCGGGACAGGUGGAGGAGGCACAGGAGGAGGAAGGGCAUUGCUGGGACACAGAGGCUGGGCUGCCCCUACACAAGGAGGCUGAAGGUGAUGCUGACUUGGAGAUAUUUCCAGAGGCCGGGCCUGAGGAGGAGUUCACUGGGAAGAGGAAUGAGGAGGCUCACACAAGCCGAGAAGCAUGGCAGGUGCAGUGGGGUGGCCUCAAACACGAGGUCACUGAAGGCCAGGAGCCUGGGAAGGUGGGAGGUGUCCAGAUUCAAACAAAGUACCCCAAGGAAGGGCAGGGGGGUAAGGAAGAGCUCUGGAGCAUCCCAUCCCUGAGCAAAGACGAGACCAAAAGGAGCCUGGAGGAAUAUCCUGGGCACACAGGGCAUGGAGAGCCAGAGGCCUCUGAGGCAGAAUCCUGGGAAAACUGGAGGAGAAGGGAUGUGGAGAGAGGAAGAGAGGAGGAGAAAGCAGGUGCUGAAGAGGGUGAGAAUGCAAGGGGCCAGGCACUGGAGGCCGAGGCCCAAGGAGGUCGACAGUCUGCACGACCAGAAAUCCCAGAGGAAGGCGGGGAGUGGAAGAGGGCAGCGGAAGCAGGGUGGGGAGCAGAGGAGGGAGAGGCCUCUCAGGCAGAGAACCAGGAGCUGGAGGGAGGCCGCGGGGCAGAAGCAGGGACAGGCCAGUCACUGGGAGAGUCAGAGGCCAGAGAAACCAAGGAUAGGGAGGUGGAGGCCGCAGGACCUUGGGCACCAGAUGGAAUGUGCAGGAGAGGCUGGAGGCUGGAGGUGGCGGCAUUGAACGGGGACCCAUGGCCCAGUUCUUUGGCUGCCGAGAUGGUGGAGGACGAGGCAGGCCUGGGUGCAAGGGCUGCUGGGGCUGGGGAAGCUUGGCAGGGGGAGCUUGGGAGAGGCCGGGACUCAGAAGGGAGAGAGGAGGCUGGGGCAGGUGCGGAGCUGGCUGAGGCUGCAGGACAGCACAGAGGAGGUCAGGAGUUUGGCUUGGAGGACCCAGCAGAGGAGGAGGUGACCAGAAGAGGUGGCCAAGCUGAGGCUUUUGAGGCCACGGAGGGUGAGCCUGGAGGAGGGCAGGCGGAGGUUGGGGAACCUGCAAUGGCAGAAGGAAGCUGUGGGAUGGAUCACUUUACCUUGGGCACCCAGGCAGUGAGGGCAGAGGGCACUGUGGCCACAGUGGAGGCUGAGGGGCUCCCAGGAGAGCAGGUGCUGUUGGAAAAAGAGGCUGAGGGAUGGCAAGCGACAGAACAGAAGGAAGGCAGUGAGGGUCAGCAUGGGGACCAUCACCUCGAGGGAGAGGCACGGAGGUCCCUUGAUGUGGAGGAUGUUGAAGUGACUGGAGGCCGGAGGGCGGAGGCUGAGGAGACUGACCCCAAAGGCCUGGAGGAUGUCAAGGGCCAGGAGGAGUGUCCCACAAGCCAGGACCCUGUGGAGGCUGUGCCUGGGCCACAUGGGGACGCUGAGACAGCUGCGGCUACAAGAAGGAGACGUGCUCCCAGCAGCUGGAGUGAGGCCCUGCUCCCUGGGACCUGCCUGGAUGUUUCCAUCCCGAGGAGCCGUGUGCUCCUCUCACGAAGCUCCUCACAGCGUCGCUCCCGCCCCUCUUUCCGUCGGACCCCAGCCCCUGAGCAGCAGGAGGAGCCUCCCAGCCCCCAGCCCGCAGAGGGGCUGUCAGCCCCUGAGCAGAAACUUCUGCAGCCAGAGGAACCCCCAGAGCCAAGACCCCUGAGACCCGAAGACAUCCCAGUGCCAGCCAGGAGAAGGCCCUUGGGACAUGGGUUUGGCCUCGCACACCCUGGCAUGAUGCAGGAGCUCCAAGCCCGACUGGGCCAGCCAAAGCGCCAGUGA